CCUCCCUCCUCUCUCUCUCUCUCUCCAUCGUGUUUUAAUUGCUUUCUCAUCUUUAUUCCCCUCAACCCCAGAGACACUGCCAUAUAUACCACAAAACCUAAACAUCCUCCAGUGACCUAGUCCCACUCCUCCAUUCACUCCCAGGAAUCUUGUUCCUUACCGCUGAGGAAAUGUCUCCUCUUUCGGAGUAUGCACUGCGCAUGUCUCGUCUGAGUGCCCGGAUCUUUGGUGAAGUGGCCAGGCCUACUGAUUCAAAGUCCAUGAAAGUGGUGAACCUGUUCAGUGAGCAGCCCUUGGCCAAGAAGAAAGAGACUUACGACUGGUAUCCAAAUCACAACACGUAUUUUGCGCUCAUGGGCACCCUCCGUUUCCUUGGCCUUUACAGAGAUGAGCAUCAGGACUUUAAGGAUGAGCAAAGACGUCUAAAGAAGCUCCGUGGAAAGGGGAAGCCAAGGAAAGGAGAAGGGAAAAGAGCUACAAAAAAGAAAUAGUCUCAGCUCAUCAAGAAAGAAAAUGCUUUCCUCAGUGACUAAGAAAGUGUAUCUCAUUAUCUUUUUGCAUAUUAAAGGAAUACGACUUCCCUCAGUAGACACCAACCCUGUGUUCAUGUUCACUUCAGCUAAACUGUGACUGGUUUCUUGAAGAUAAUUCUAAUCCUUCAAAAUUAUAAUGACCUCGAUUUUGUAAUCUGAAGCAUACCUAAUUCUGUAAUGGAAUGAAUAAACUAUUGCUGAGUGAUUUGUUUAACACUG